UUUUUUCGGGUUUCCACGCACUACGUGACUACAUCUUUUGCUCUUUUUCCAUUACUCCCCCCCCACCCAUGUCUUUUGAAUCGGCCUGAGGUCAGUCUCGAGUUGGCCGUUCCAAGUGUAGCCACGGAAACGAAGCACAGAAUCGCGCCAGGAACACCUGGGCUCAGGUUAUGUGUGAGAUUUUCUGAAAGUUCUGUGACAGAGAGAAGUUCAGACAGUCUACAUGAUGGAAGCCGUUGUAUCAUUUGAAGGGGACAAUGACACAUCUUAUGAGGGCAGUGAGUCACCUGUACCCUCUCCAUUCAGUUUGACGCCUGCGGUACAGAAGGGCAGCUAUGACUUGGAGCAGAUGAGGCAAACUGAAGAGGAGCCUCAUCAGAGUUUUACCUUCUCCAGAGACCUUGAGGCUGCUCGAAAUACCAACACCAAUGCCAUCAAGAGAGGAGAUGCAGAGGCAUAUGUCGAGUUGAACGAGCUCAGAGGAGAGUCAUGGCAGGAGAUGGGACGCUGGGUGGGUUAUGAGGAGAACUUCAACCCUGCCACUCAACAGUGGGGUGCCUCCCACGUGUCCUAUCUCACCUUCAAAAGUCUCAUUCAACUUCGGAAGGUCAUGAACACAGGAGCGGUGCUGUUGGAUGUUGAUGAUAGCAGCUUAUCAAGCAUUACUCGGAAGAUGGUGGAGCAACUUUUGCUCAAAAAAGAGAUCCGCCCCACUGACCAGGAUGCUCUUCUAGCGAUUCUGCAGCGCAAGCGCAGUCAAUUGGAGGGCACUGCAACUCCUGUUGGUGGAGACAUUGAGAUGCAAACAUUCUCAGUCACCAAGCAGCGAGACAUGGUUGAUCGCGUGGAGGCCUCUGUUGUUUUAUCAGGCGUGGUGGAGAACCUUCAGAAACCGGUGGUGGCAUUUGCACGUCUGAGGGAUUCAGUGGUGUUGGAUGGAGUUUUGGAAUCUUCUAUCCCAGUCCGCUUUGUUUUCUUCCUGCUGGGUCCCAGUCAAAGCGGCCUGGAUUACCAUGAGAGCGGCCGAGCCAUGGCAACACUGAUGGCCGAUUGGGUGUUCUCACUGGAAGCUUACUUGGCCACAACUGAGAAGGAUCUGACCGAUGCCAUAGCAGACUUCAUGGACUGCAGCAUUGUUAUCCCACCCACAGAAAUACAGGAUGAGGCCAUGCUCAAGCCAAUCAUCAACUUCCAAAAGAAGAUGUUGCGGGAGAGAGUCCGCCCAUAUGACACCAGAAUUAUGUUUGGAGGCACAGACCAAACUGGACCCGAGAAGCCACGAGAGGAUCCAUUGGCCCGCACCGGCUAUCCGUUUGGUGGUAUGGUCAAAGACAUAAAACGCCGCUACAAGAACUACCUAAGCGACUUCACUGAUGCCCUCGACCCUCAGGUGCUGUCUGCCGUCAUCUUCAUCUAUUUUGCUGCCCUUUCUCCUGCCAUUACCUUCGGAGGACUGCUGGCGGAUAAGACGGAGCACAUGAUAGGGGUCUCGGAGAUGAUGGUCUCGACUUGCGUGCAGGGUAUCAUCUUCUGUUUGUUUGCCGCUCAGCCUGUUCUAGUCAUUGGGUUUACGGGUCCUUUGAUGGUGUUUGAAGAGGCGUUCUUUCAGUUCUGCAAGUCUCAAGGCUUCGAGUACAUCGUAGGCCGUGUCUGGGUGGGCAUGUGGUUGAUUAUCAUCGUGUUGAUCAUCAUGGCAGUGGAGGGGAGCUUCCUUGUCCGCUUCAUUUCACGCUUCACCCAGGAGAUCUUCUCAAUCCUGAUCUCGCUUAUUUUCAUCUACGAGACCUUUUCUAAGCUUAUCAAGAUAUUCAAAGCACAUCCUUUGAUUUUGAACUACCCUUCUUUGAACGAGUCUGCGGAAGACCCCUUCCAUUCUAUCAUAAGGGUUAACAUCACGACACUUCUUGAAGGCAAUGUUACAAAGCACCAUGAAAUACUAGAGGAGAGGGCAUACCCCAACACUGCUCUACUUUCCAUGUGUCUUAUGUUUGGCUGUUUCUUCAUUGCAUACUAUCUCCGUGGGUUCAAAACUGGAGUCUUCCUACCUGGCCCAAUCCGUCGGAUGAUUGGAGAUUUUGGGGUUCCUAUCGCCAUCUUCUUCAUGAUCGCUGUGGAUAUCAGCAUCAGUGAUGCCUACACACAGAAACUGGUGGUGCCAAAGGGUUUGACCGUGUCUAAUCCUGGAGCCAGAGGAUGGAUUAUCAACCCACUGGGUGAGAAGCAGCCUUUCCCAAUCUGGAUGAUGUUCGCCUGUGUUGUUCCUGGUUUACUGGUCUUCAUUCUUAUUUUCCUCGAGUCUCAGAUCACCACGCUGAUUGUGAGUAAACCUGAGAGAAAAAUGAUGAAGGGCUCUGGUUUUCAUUGGGACCUACUGCUUUUGGUGUUCCUGGGUGGCAUUGCCUCUAUUUUUGGUGCCCCCUGGCUUAGUGCUGCGACAGUGAGAUCUGUGACCCAUGCUAACGCCCUCACUGUCAUGACCAAAGGCCCCAGACCACAGAUUGAGCGGGUGUUAGAACAGAGGGUCAGUGGAAUUUUGGUGGCAGUGAUGAUUGGGGUCUCCAUUCUGAUGGAGCCUAUCCUGAAGAUGAUCCCUAUGACUGCUCUGUUCGGAAUCUUCCUCUAUAUGGGUAUCACUUCACUGAGUGGCAUCCAGCUUUGGGACCGCAUUCUUCUUCUGAUCAUGCCGAAAAAGCAUCAUCCAGCUGUUCCUUUUGUCACUCAUGUGCCAACAAUGCGAAUGCACCUAUACACUGUCAUCCAGAUCAUGUGUUUGGUGAUUCUGUGGGCAGUGAAAUCUACUUCAUUUUCACUUGCUUUGCCCUUUGUCCUAAUCCUAACUAUCCCUCUGCGAAUGUUAAUGACCGGUCCUGUCUUUACUGUCAGGGAGAUGAAAUGUCUGGAUGGAGAUGAUGCCAACGUAAAGUUUGAUGAUGAGGACGACUGAAAUAACCCCAAAACAACUUUCUGAUUCUGGAUUCCAAGCCACUUUGUAUUCAUUUUACUGUGUGCAUGAAAUUAUAAUAUUUUGCUUAUAUAUUUUAACUGUUAUGGCUACUAGCAAAUCUUAGCUUGACAAAUAGGUUCGGCAUAACAUCUUUAUAUUGUGAAAUUUUAGAUUUAGAAUGCAGUUCAUGCACACGUAAAAUUCACAAGCUGUUCAUAUACAUUCCAUAGUUUAGAUUUUUGUUUUUCCAAGAGACCAUUGUGCUUUUUUUCUUUUGUGUGUUUGUGUUAUUAAGAUUUUUGCCUUUAUACAUCACAGUGUUUAUUUAUUUAAGGUGUUUAGAGUUUUAUGCAAAAUGGAAAAAAAUUGAAUGUCAGUGUGUGACAAUAUCACACCGCUGAACUACCAGCUUGAAUGUAUAUCGCAUGCUGUUUUAACAGAUGAUGCCCACGCAAAACAUGCCAUUAUAUUUCAUAUGACAUUUUUCAUGUUUGACUGUUUUCAGGGACAUUGAUACCUGUAAAUAUAAUAGGUUUAGGACUACAGUAUGUCAGCAUACUUACUAUUGCUAAGUUUUUACACCUGUGAGUAUAACUGGAGUGACUAUGUAUAUUUGAUCUCUUAUGGUGUAUUUCAUCACUCAUUGUUUAACAAUUAAAGAUUCCUGUUCUAAAUAA